AUGGAGGCUGGCGAUGAAAGCGAGGUCGAGGAUAGCGAUCACGGUGAUGAUCGGCCCGGCGUCUACGAGCAGGCUGUCUACAGAGCAGGCGCUCCAGCACCGUUGAGAGCUAGCGAGCCAACGAUGGAAGCUGCGAUGGUUCUGCUCUCGUUCCGCUACGAGCCUGCUCCCGAGUUUGGUCCUACGAGGGCCGAGGUUUUCGAGAACUUUGCGACUCGGGAAGAGACAGCUGACGAAGUUGCGGCGAUUAAUCCCUAUCUUCGCUUCGAUCAGCACAGCUCGUUCGACCGUCGCAUCAACGAAAUCGACGACGAUAACAUCAGCAGCAGCAGUGAGGAAGAGGGUCCAUCAUCGCCGGCAGUAUCAUCGGACUCUUCAACAGUGAUGCUGAGUCCAACAUUAUCGAUGCUGCAGGAGGUUGGGUUCUACGAUGCGGGUCACCCGAUCUUCGAGGAGAGCACGGCUAGCGGCAUAUCGCAGGUAGGCGGUGGCGGCGGCGGCGGCGGCGGCGGCGACGAUGGCGAUACCUCAAGCGAAGAGGCACCGUCGCCGAAUAAUACUAUAAUAAGCGGUGGUUCUGCAGCAGCAGCAGCUUCUGAUUCGGAUCAGGAGGAAGCUCAGAUGCCUGUAGGUGCAGGUGGCUCUCGACGGAAAAACUUGACCGUCGACAGCGUUUCUCAACGCUCUAUCAUCCAGAUCAGCAAUCGCGACAAUCUCUGUCUGCCGAGAGCGCUCGUCGUAGGCGAGGCGAAAAUCGCGCUCCAGGCGAACGAUACCCCGGUGAUGCGAGCCGAGUGGAACGUCAUCCGCGACAGUCGUAGGCAGCUACAACAUGAACGAGCUGUAAAAUUGUGCCAGGAUGCCGGUGUUCUUGUACCUCGCGAAGGUUGCGGUGUACGAGAGCUUCGUCAAUUCCAGCAUUAUUUUACCGCUCGUGGUACAGCUUUCAUUGCUUACGAGAGAGACACGCUGGGCAGCGGUGAAGCACCAUUUUUUGACGGACGUAGCGAUACCUGCACAACCAUAAUAUUUUUGCUCUACUCCGAGCUUCAUUACGACGUGAUCGUCAAUAUUUUUGGAGCUGCGAGGGCAAAAUUUUUCUGUACUUUUUGCAAUCGCGGCUACAGUAAUAUCGAGGAUCACAAGUGUAGGCAGCUGUGUUCGCGCUGUUUCGUCUCGCCACCCUGUAGCGAGAACGAAGCUUUGCAAAAAUGCGCAUCGUGUAAUCGCAAUUUUUUCGGCGAUGUAUGUUUUCGCAACCAUUUGGCUGAGGGAUCGUACAAAACGAAGAACAAGCGGUUGUGCGAUGUGCUGCAGAUUUGCGGUACCUGCUGCAAAAGCGUGAACCGGCAGCGCGGUAAGCACGAGUGCGGCAAAAAUUGGUGUCGACAUUGCAAGUCGACACACGGUUAUAAUCAGCAGUGUUUUAUACAGCCGAUAAAAAAUGAUGCUUCAGCGAAAAAGUAUCUUUAUGUUUUCUACGAUCUGGAAACGAUGCAAGAAGCAUCGUAUCGAGGCGAUGAAAGCAUAAAGAUGCACGUCCCGAAUGUCUGCGUUGCACAGCAAGUCUGCACGGAUUGCAUAAGUUCUACUGACGACAUUUCAGUAGCAGAAUGGUGUCCCUCAUGCGGUGUGCGCGAACAUAUAUUUACCGAAGAUCCCGUUGGUCAGCUGCUAGAGCUUGUAGUACGCGACAAAACGGACUUUGAAAAUAUAAUAUGCAUCGCGCACAACGCACGAGGGUACGAUGCACAAUUCGUUUUACGGCGGCUUGUCGAACGUAAAAUAAAUUGCGCGCCAAGCAUCAUACUGAAUGGUCAGAAAAUACUGUGCAUCCGGUAUGGUCGCACAAAGUUCAUCGAUAGUCUCAGCUAUUUUCAAAUGAAGUUGGCCGCCUUGCCUGCUACAUUCGGUUUAGGUGAGACUACGAAAAAAGGCUGUUUUCCACACCUUUUCAACACGUCGGCUAACGCUGAAUAUCGUGGCGCCAUACCAGAUGCGCACUAUUAUUCGCCCGACACUAUGUCGACGAGCGAGCGCGAGCAGUUCUUGCGGUGGCACAGUGAGAUGCGUGCAGCGAACGCAGUGUUUGAUUUCCGCAAGGAAAUCGUCGACUACUGUCGCAUGGAUGUGUCGAUUCUGCGUCGCGCGUGUGUGGCUUUCAGAAAAAUUUUUCUCGAGGUCGGAGACACGGACCCGUUUGUAGUGGCUACUACAAUCGCGUCCGCGUGCUCUCAUCUCUAUAGAAAAAAAUUCUUAAAGCCAGAGAGUAUCGGAAUAGUCCCCAGGGGCGGGUAUAGCCGCGCCGACAAGCACUCGCAAAAAGCCGUCGAGUGGCUGCUACAGUGCGAGCGAGAGAUCGGUCGCGAAAUCGUGCAUGCAGGCAGAGCGCGCGAAUAUCGGCUUCGCGAGGGAUUUUUGGUCGAUGGAUUCUUACCAUCUGCCAAUCCAGCCGAAAAACCCAUUGUUUUUGAAUUUCAGGGCUGCUAUACGCAUGGCUGCCCUGAGUGUUUCAAAAACAUUCGCAACAAGUCGAAUGCCUGGGGUCGUACUUUCGACGCGUUGCUCGAGAGUACACGCGCUAAAAUCGCGCAGAUCCAACAGCUCGGUUACGAGACGCGCGAAAUUUGGGAAUGCGAGUUUGACAGAGUCAAGCGUGAAAACCCCGAAAUCGCCAAGUACGUGUCGGAGCAUCCGCUCAUCAGCAAAAUAACGCUUAAUCCUCGUGACGCGUUCUUCGGCGGACGGACCGAAAAUUUCGUCGCAGUUUACGAUGCUAAGCCAGGCGAGCGUAUUCUGUAUACAGAUAUAUGCUCGCUGUAUCCUUACAUUUGUAAACGAGGCAGAUUUCCGCUCGGUCAUCCGAAGGUUUACGUCGGCGAGGAGUCUGAUGAGCUGACGGGUGGCAAUCUCAACAAUUUUUCGGCCAUAGAUGGGCUGGUAAAAUGUAAGGUUUUACCGCCGAGAAAAUUGUAUCAGCCUCUUUUGCCGCUAAGAAUGCACGGCAAACUUCUCUUCGCACUGUGUCGUACAUGCUGCGAAGAGAUGCGGCAGAGCGAUUGUUGUCACCCGGAUGCGAGCCAGCGCGAGUUCAGCGGAACCUGGGUGGCGGAUGAGCUGCGAAAAGCCAUCGAACUCGGCUACACUAUAACUGAAAUAUUUGUCAUAUGGCAGUAUAGUAUGACCGAGUUCGAUCCGCUCACAGGUGAAGGUGGACUUUUCGCCGGCUACAUCGACACUUUCUUGCAAUUAAAGCAGGAAGCAUCGGGAUUUCCAGCUUGGUGCGUCGACGCUGAAUCGAGAGCGCGUUACAUUCGCGAGUAUCGCGAGAAUGAGGGGAUUUCGCUCGAGCUGGAAAAAGUCGCGAAAAACCCUGGCCUGCGCACUGUUGCGAAGCUCUGUCUGAACUCUUUCUGGGGCAAGUUCGGACAGCGCGAUAAUUUAAAACAGACGGUGAUCGUGAAGGAGCGCGAAGAGCUCCUUAAACUUCUAACGGCCGAAGAUAAGGAGGUCUUGAGUCUCCUACUGGUCAACGAGGAAGUGAUGUACGCGAGCUGGCAGUACAUCGACGAUGCUGUGGAGUCUACUCCAUAUACGAACGUAGUCAUAGCAGCCUACACGACAACUCUGGCCCGCUUGAAACUAUAUUCGUAUUUGGAGAAGCUCGGCAAGCGAAUGCUGUACUGCGACACUGAUUCGUGCAUAUUUGUGUGCAACGAUCAAAACGCACAAGAAUACAGGCCCCCGUUAGGCUCGUUGCUCGGCGAUAUGACCGACGAGCUCGACGAAGGCACGUUUAUCACGAGCUUCCUCUCAGGCGGUCCGAAAUUUUAUGGCUUCAGAACCGUGAAUUCGAGAACUGGCGAGGUAUCCGAAAAAUGUAAAGUCAAGGGUAUAUCGCUAAAUUUCUCGAAUUCUUUGAGAAUAAAUUAUCCUGGCAUUAAGAGUAUGAUUGAAAAUUAUUUUGAGUCUGAUGAAGAGAACGAAUGCAUUAAUCUUAAGUUUAAUUCUAUUAAAAGACUGCCAGACCACACUGUUGUCACGCGAGAAGAGGUCAAAUCGUGUAGCAUAGUUCUAAAAAAGCGUAGUUUUUAA